AUGCAGAAAUGGGCAACUCUCUGUAGAUCACAUUUAGCAGAAGCAAAGUGGUUUUACAGUGGAUACAUUCCUACAGUGGGCGAGUACCUGGAAAAUGCUUGUGUUUCAGUGGGUGGUCCUGCAGCCAUGUUUCAUGCCUAUAUUCUGCUUGGUUGCACCUUAACAAAAAAUUCUAUUGAUUGUUUCAAGAAUGGCUCAGAGAUAAUAUAUUGGUCAUCCCUCAUUACUCGACUUAGCGAUGAUUUAGGGACUUCAGAGGCUGAGAGCAAGAGAGGUGAUGUGGCAAAAUCCAUCCACUGCUACAUGGUACGAGAAGGCAUAACCGAAGUACAAGCAAAACAGUGCAUAAAGGAAUUAAUCAACUAUUCAUGGAAAAAAUUGAACAAAGAGAGUGCCAAAAAUUCGUUGCCAAGAUCAAUGGUAAAUAUGUCACUAAACAUGGCCAGAACUGCUCAGUGCAUCUACCAACAUGGAGAUGGAAUAGGAACAUCGACUGGAACCAUUAAAGACCAUUUAACCUCCUUAAUUGUUAAAGCAAUCCCUAUUGAAGAAACUUCUUGUAUGAUUUGAUUAUAAAGAUCCAACAUGUCUAUCUCUUGUAGGCUUCAUGGGCUUGUAGUUUUUCCAUUAAUUGGAAGA